AUGACAUCAAGAGAUUUACCAAAAUCAUUUAAUGAGCUAGCCUUCAGCUGGAGAAGACACCUCAAUGAUGAAGUGACCCUUCGUAGAAGACGUGGACCGGAUAUUGAACUUUCGUCCGAGUCUAAAGCAGAAGAUAAGGAAAAAAAUAAGGUGCAAAUGAAAAAUCUCUGGCCUGCGUUUUGCUCAGGAGCAGGUUUAUUUUCUGAUGGUUAUGUCAAUAACUCUAUUGGGACCGUAUCGACCUGUUUGUCAAUGAUAUACGGAGAUGCGUAUUCCAAAUCUAAUGCUAUAUCGAACGUUUCUUCGAUUGCGUUUGCAGGUACAGUUGUGGGGCAGUUGGUCUUUGGAUAUAUUGCUGACCAAAUUGCUAGAAAAGGUGGAAUGCUCAGUGCCAAUAUUAUGUUGAUUUUUUUCACAUUAUUGUGUACUGUGGGAACGUGGGAAAGAAAUGGAGAUCCUACUUCGUUAUUCACAGCACUUACUGUUUUCCGUUUCUUCUUGGGUAUUGGGAUUGGUGCCGAAUACCCUACUGCAUCGGUUAUUGCAUCAGAGUUUGCUAAUCAGUUACCUGAAGGUAAGAGAAAUCGUUAUUUUUGUUGGUUUACCAAUUUUAUGAUAGACACAGGUUUCGUUGUAAGUGCUUUUGUUCCUUUAGUCUGUCUUUGGAUAUUCAAGGAACAUAACUUGGAACCUGUAUGGAGAUUGACUUUGGGUAUAGGUGCAAUUCCACCUAUUUCCUUAUUUUUCAUGAGGUUGAAGAUGAAAGAUAGUGAUUCAUUUCAAAAAAUGAGUAUGAAAAAAGUAGAGAAAAUUCCUUAUCUCUUAAUAUUGAAAUUUUAUUGGUUCAGAUUAACCGUUGUCUCUUUAAUUUGGUUUAUCUAUGAUUUCUCUGCUUACUCCUUUGGUAUUUAUUCAUCUAUUAUUCUUCAACGCGUUGUUCCCGAUGGAAAUUUGUACCAAACAUUUGGAUGGAAUGUUGUCUUCAAUUUGUUUUACAUUCCUGGAGCAUUCUUAGGAGCGUUAUGCUCUGACUACAUUGGUCCUAGAUUUAGUAUCGUCUUAGGUACCUUUUUACAAGGAAUUGUAGGAUUUAUCAUGUCUGGUUGCUAUCCAAAGUUGAAGGAGCAUGUUGGAGCGUUUGUUGUCGUUUAUGGUAUAUUUUCUACUUUAGGUGAAUUAGGCCCGGGUGAUAAUAUUGGGGCAGUUGCUUCUAAAACAAGCGCCACUUCCAUCCGUGGAACGUAUUAUGGCAUUGCCGCAGCAAUGGGAAAAAUCGGUGCAUUUGUUGGUACUUACGUCUUCCCUAUUAUCAUCAAAAACGCUGGUGGUUCAGAAACAGAUAGAGGUAACCAAGCACCAUUUUACGUUUCAUCAGCAUUAUGUAUAUUUUCAGCUGUUUUAGCCUUAUUUUUCUGCCCAUCAGUCGGGCAGAAUGCAAUCAACCAAGAAGACUAUGAUUUUAUUAACUAUCUUAAGGAAAAUAAUUACGACGUUAGCCAAAUAGGUGAUGGUACAUUUGCUAACGAAAAUAACAUUGAGGAGGUCUUUGAUACCACCAAGGACAAGAAGACUGAAGAUAUUAAUGUUAAUUCAGAAGUAGAAUCCUUUGAUUAA